GAUCUAUGUUUGAGGUUUUCUUUAAUAGCUGAAAGCAUAUAACAAUGGAGAACAACGAUGAAGAUGACUGCGAGUUUGAUAUCCUUCUGAUGCAGGAACCAGUUUGUUUUUAAAUGCUACUUUUUAUUUUGCUCAGUUGAUGCAGUUGAAGGACAAUAGUAGCAGGCAUAAUCUCUCCCAGUGUGCUAGUACAAGUCUGAUUACCUAAUAUGUGUGCGACCAUCUUGAUCAGCUAGGGUGCAGUUGUUAAGUGUAAAUUAUAUUAAUUAGGAUCGCUUCUCUAUCUUACGGUAGAUUUUAGUGAUUGCAAGGAUGGAGAAGGAACCGCAUCCUUAAUUCGAUAGAUAGGUAAAUAGUCUGAAAUAUACAUUUUAUUUUAGUUAGUAAAUACUUGUUCAAACUGUUUAUAAUAGACCUCUCGUUUAGGCUCUCAACAGGAAGAAUCACUAAGUUCUCACUUAAAAGGGUCCUAAUGAGGCACUGCACUCUCCAUGAUAGUGAGCUCUUGAAUGCAGGGUCCUCUUUUACCUGUUGAAAUUGUGUUAAGAAUCUGAGUAAGAUGAUACUAGGCCCAAUAGUAGUUUAUUCAAAAUUUAAUUAUACAAAGCUUUUUUGUAAACACUUUGAGGUAUGAUGAUUUGGGCGAAAAAUGGGUUAGUUGAUAUUAGAUCGAAUAGUAGUCUAAGAUUGAGAACGUUCCUUAUAUAAAUUUAAGAUGAAAACUUGAAAAUCAAGAAAGGGUACAUAUUGGAGAUAUACUGGACCAUAGGAUGCGAGACCAAGAAUUAUAAAGCCGGUGAAAUCCAUCAAUACCUUUGAAGAAUAGUAGAAACAUUUGAAGAGUAAACCGAUAUUAUUCUAAGGAUGUAACUAGUACUCAAAUUUUGGAAUAUCAUGAACGAAAGGAAUUAAAGAAAAUGGAAUGCCAACUAAUGGAAUGAUGAAAGUUAUAGAAUAAAAUAAAUGGAAUAGAUAAUUGCAGAGAAAUAUUUUUUGUCAUUCAAAUGGUAAUUUUUUAAAGGAAUGGAAUGGAAUGAAAUAGAAUAGAAUAAAUUUAGCUUUCAAUUUAAAUUAAAUUAUCAAAAUAUGUUAAAUAUACCAAUAUCGUGUAUGAUAUUAAAACAGAUUUCAUGAAAAUUAAUAAAUAAUGUAAAAAAUAAAUAUUAGUUAAAAAAGAAAAAAAAGAUUAUUUAAACUUCAGUUUAAAACUAAACAUCUAUUUUUUUUUAUAAAAACUAACACAUCAUAUAUAUACAUAUACAUUAACAUGUCAUCCUUGUUUCUAAAAACGUAACGAGAAUAUUGAUCACUAAAGCAUAGAUUCUUCACAACUUCAGUAUGUAGCAAACAAAUCUUACUUGGCUUUACACGAUCAAGAAAAAAAUUCAGUAUAAUCUACUCAUGAGUGGUUAAAUAAGAAAAAAAAUGGUGCUAAUUUGUUUAUUAGUAACAAAUCCUAAAUCUACCAGAAUUUUAAAUUAACCUUGACAAAUCUACUAUUUGACUGCAAAUAGAUAAGUUACAUAAUAUUUAAACUGAAUUAAAAAUAUAUAUUUUUAUUUAGUUUGAUUCUAUUCCACUCAUUCACGUUAUUUUUUCUUUAUGAAUAGAUUAUAACUACGUUUCUUUUGGUUCCAAUUAUUCUACAGGAAUUAAUGGAAUGAAAACUGUUUUUAAUUCCAUGCAAAUGAUAAUUUUUUUUAGAAUCUUUUCAAAUAAACUAUUCCAAACAAUUCCAUUCCAAAAAAUACUAAUCCAGUUACGGCCUAAGCAUAUUUACAUUAUUACUAUAUUAUGUUAGAUUUGAAUUAGGAAAGUUUACAUUAUUAUAUGGUGUUAGCAAUAUGUUAAAGCUAAUCACUAUAUAUAUGAAUCUAUAGUCUUGUAUCAAAUACAGGUCAAUCUUUUAUUAUAUUUUAGAGAGCCCGGCUACUAACCUAAAAGAGACUCUAUCUAGGUCUAGUGCUCUGAUCAUGAAAAUCCUGAAGCAGCUCGUACCAGAGGAUAACCUAACCAUGUCUAGAUCCACUACACAUUCUUCAACCGACGAAAGAGAAUACACAAAACCAAUAAUCCCAGUUGAUCUUCUUAUCGAUAUAUUCUCGAGACUACCGUUGAAGCAUGUAGCUAGGUUUCGUUGCCUUUCGAAAUCAUGGGCAUCCAUACUUGGCAGCAGUCCAUAUUUCACCGAACUGUUUCUCACCAAGUCCUCGAAUCGUCCACGCCUCUUGUUCACCGUUAAUAGUUAUAGCAAGAUAUUGUUCUUCUCUACACCUCAGAUCACUCAAAACCCACAUGCCAACUCUUCUGUUGUAGCCACGUGGUAUAAAACGCAUCCCUGGAAGCAUCAUGAAAGAACCUCAUCGCUCCUCCACGGACGACUGGUAUGUUGUACAGAUGGAAAAGGUGAUUAUUAUGCAGAGCCGGUGAUUUGUAAUCCCUCCACUGGAGAGCUUCUUACACUACCGAAAUCCCUUUUAAAUAAUCCAGUAAUGUAUUGUGGGUAUGAGCCGACCGAAAAAAAAUUCAAAUUGUUGUGCAUACCCUCUUACUUCAACACCAACCGGGCUUGGGUUCUGACAUUGGAGACUGGAAAACCUUUAUGGAGAAAGAUCGAAUGCGAAUACCAUUAUGUUAUGUACCCUUACUGCACUCAUCGUCAUAUGAUUUGCAUAAAUGGGGUUUUGUAUUACCUCGCUUGCAUUGAUAUCAGCAGGUCAGGAGAUGAGGUUGUGAUAGUUUUCUUUGAUGUUAAAUCUGAGAAGUUCAGAUUUAUCGAUAUAGAUUUUGAAAGCAUGCAUAGAAGAGGUUCUACUUUAAUAAACUACAAGGGUAGAUUAGGUAUGGUUCGGUUUACAGAUAACAAUGAACGAACUCUCUACAUGUGGUUGCUAGAAGAUGCUGAUGGGAUAAAUAAAUGGUCAAUAAAUAUCUAUGAACUGCCUGUUUCGUGGAAGCAUCCGUGUACCGAAAAUUUUCAAAUUGUUGGAAUGACUCGUACAUGUGAUAUUAUCUUGUCGCCAUGCAAGUUCUCAGACCCUUUUUAUGUUUUUUACUACAAUGUUGAGAGGAAGACUUUGGUGGCAAGAACUGAGAUACAAGGGUUGCAAGAAUUGAAGUGUGACCGUCCUAUAGUUAAUAUCUUUCAAGAUUAUGUAGAGGAUCUGAAGCUUAUGGAAAGUCUUUUUUAGGGCUUUUCUUUUAUUCCCUCUUUUUUUUUUAUUGGUUUUAAAGAUUGUGUAAUACUCAAGGUAACAGAAGAACACAUGAGUAUGUAGUUAUGCAGUUGAACACUUUUGUCUCGACUUUUGCUGGAGUUGUUUUCUUUAAACAUUCAUAAUGUUGAUCAUCUAGGUCUUGUUAACAUUUUGCAAAUCUGAGUUUAUUAAUGAAAGUCAUUACUAUAUGCUGCCUUUUGACUCUUUUCUUGGUUUCCUUCUAUCUGCUGAACCACAUUUCUUAGCAAGGGAAGUGAUGGUGGACUUCUUGGACCCAAUAGAGAUCCAGAGCGCCAUCAUGUCUCCUUAUUCACAACGAGCUUUCAGGGGUCGUUUUGAAAAUUCUGGUAAGAGCUCUGAAGCAGGGGAAUCGAGUAACCUAUCUUUGUCCCAGACAAGAAGGUAUGGUAAGCAUAUAGUGUUAUCAACGAACGAAGUUCUACUGCAAGAACUGCGGACAUGAAGGCCAUAGACGCCAUUACUGUCCAGAGCUGGACACCAAUGUAUACAGAAGAUUUUGAUGUAAGGUUUGUUUGUGGAGGGAAAGACCAUAACCCAAGAACCUGUCCUAAGUCGAAAUCAAUAAUCACCAAAGGCGUUUCGACAAGGUAACAUCGAUGUGGAAUAUGCAGUGAGAAUGGUGACAAUAGAAAUAUGCCGGAAGAUGGCUAGAGUGAAACCAAGUGAGGGUGUUGGUGAGAGAGCAUAUGCAUGUUGGUUCUGCAAGAAAAAAGGGACAUAAUGUAAGAAACUGUCCAAUUAUACGGGUUUCAGACUGUGAUUCCCGUUUAGACCCAAUAGAAGAUCUCGCCAGAGCGCCAUCAUGUCUCCUUAUUCACGACCUUUCAGGCGUCGUUUUUGAAAAUUCUGGUUACAUGAAGAGCUCUGAAGCAGGGGAAUCAACUAACCUAUUUAUGUCACAGACAAGAACGUAUGGUAAGCAUUGUGUUAUCAACGAACGAAAUUCUACUGGAAGAACUGCGGACAGGAAGAUUUAAAUGUAGGGUUUGUGGAGGGAAAGGCCAUAACCUAAGAACCUGUCCUAAGUCGAAACCAAUGGUCACUAAAUGCAUUUCCACUAAGUAUUAUCAGUGUGGAAAAUGCGGUGAGAGUGGUCACAAUAGUAGAACAUGCUAGAAGCUGGCCAGAGUAAAACCCGUGAGGGUGUGGUGAUGAAGAUGGUGUUGGUGAGAGAGCAUAUGCUUGUGGGUUAUGCAAGAACAAGGGAUAUAAUGUAAGAACAUGUACAAGUAAACGAGCUUCAGACAGUGAUUAAUUUUUGUUUAGAGCUAUAAAUCCUCGACAAAACACCUAAUAGUAUAACGACCUUAUACAGUGACAUUUGAUACUUUGGUCGGCGCCAGUAUCACAUAUAAACGGUCUCUACCACACAAGUUGUCAUAAGACCACAAACUUCCAACAAGACUUCGACACGUGGCCUGUUGAAGUGAAUCAGAAAACCAGAAACUUGUUUUGUUUUCCACAACCAGUUACAUUUCUCCCAUACUAAUUUUAGCAUGAUAACUCCAAAAUCCCAAUGGUUAUACCAAAGUCUUUGGUAAUUUCACUGCUUCUUUUCUUUUGUUACUUUCUUUCAUAUCAAUCUGGAUUUAACUAAUCUAUAUUUAUUUCAUUCACUUCUUUGUCAACAUAAUAUCUUCAUUUUUAAAAAUUUCAAAAGUUUGAUUAAUAUGGGGUAGCUACGAUAUUCGAUAAGACCUAUAUAUGACAUAGAGUUCUUGAAAUAGCAAGUCCUGGAAUUACCAAAGUAAGGAACCAGUAAAAAAAGUAGUAGUCCUAAUUUCGACAGGGGUCAUGGUUUAAUCUACAAAGUUGCAAUAAAAAUUAUGUUUCUUCUAUUUAAUAUAGGGUUAAAUUGCUAUAUAGACAUAUAUGGAUAUUUAGUUGCAAAAUGAUUCAUAUAUAUGAAAAUUGUUGAAGAUAACUUAUUUUUCCUUUUUGUUAUCACUUAUCAGCUUCAAAUUAGUCUCAAUCUACAGUCCAGCCAAGAAAACAUACUAAGGAUAAGACCAGAGGUUAAAACGACACAUUAUAUGAAGCAAGUGAGAUAGACAGAGAUGAUCAAAUCAAAUGAAAGCAAUAAACAUCAAUCACAGGGAAAGAGUGUUAAGCAAAUCAACUAAUUUUGUUUCAACUUUAUUUCAUUUGUUCUACACGUUAGUUCAAAGUUUUGUUUUCUUUUCUUUUUGGUAGUGUAUAAAGGAGAGAAAAUAGAGUUGGCUAUAUGACUAAGUGAAAUAAGAGAACCACAAAAACAAGCCUUCCAUGACUGUGCCAUCAAGAAAGUAGCUUUGUUUUCCAUCCCAAACUGUCAAAGAUCUCUCUUCAUCUAUACAUUAAUCAAACACUUUCUCUCUCUCUCAUCAAU